AAAAAACGAAGUAUUUGCAUCAAUAUUUGGCCACAAUUACGGGUAAGAGAUAAGUUUUUUAAAUAGAUAAACAAAUUAGUAUUGUGUGGGAAUUAUAGCAAAUCUUUCAUUAAAUAAGUUUUAGCAUAUAUAUGCAUAGUACGAUUACUUGAUAAGUAAUGCAGUCAAAGUAAAUUAGUUUUUUGUAUAAUGAAGUCGGUUUUUAAGUUUUGUAAACAAUAUCUAGCUAUUAUCACAGGAUGUCUGUGUAUUGUAUCGACAGGAAUGCACUAUGGCUGGCCCUCACCAGCCCUACCAAUACUUUUAUCCCCCGAUUCUCCAAUAAAGAUAACCAACGAACAAGGAGCGAUGAUAUCAACGAUCCAAGAAUAUGGAAACGCUGUGGGGGCCCCGUUGGCAGCGUUCAUCGUCGACAGAAUCGGAAGGAAGCUGUGCAUUUUAUCAUCAGCCCCUAUAUUUUUUAUCGGCUGGAUUCUGAUGGCGCAAAUUAACUCGCUUGCGGUCAUAUACGCUUGCAGAUUUUUCGCUGGGGUGGCUGAUGGUGUAACUUAUACAGCGUUGCCGAUGUAUUUGGGCGAAAUAACGCAUCCCAAUGUAAGAGGACUAUCUGGGACUUUGUUUCAAGUUUUUUAUGUUUUCGGAUUGUUGAUGUUUAACGUCCUCGGCUCCCUGGUCAGUUUGAGGAUGGCUACGUAUAUCGCAGCCACUAUUCCCUUGAUACAAAUCCUAACUUUUUCUUUUAUGCCUGAAAGUCCCUACUAUUUAGUCAUGAGAGGUAAAGUGGGCGAAGCAGAGGCAAGCUUGAUGACUCUAAACAACGGCGAAGACAUAUCACAUACUCUAAAAGACAUAACCAGUGCUAUAAAUGAAAAAAUGAACGAGAAACCUAGUAGAUGGGAAAUUUUUACGGAACCAUCAAAUCGCAAAGCCAUAUACAUAACAUUUGGUUUAAGGUUCUUUCAACAGUUUACCGGUAUAACAGCUUUGAACUUCUACAUACAGCAAAUUUUCGUCGAACUGGACGUACCAAUGGAACCUAGCACCAUAUCCAUCAUUUAUUUCGGCUUGCAAUUCAUCGUUUGCUCUUUGGUGUCCAUCAUUAUAGACUGGACAGGAAGAAAACCGCUUUUGUUGUACUCUUUAAGUGGGACAGCUUUGGCUAACAUCACCUUAGCAAGUUACUUCUUUUGGUCGAAAGAUUUGGACUUGAGUGGUUCAAACAUAAGGUAUCUCCCGAUCGGGACAGUAUUUUUCCAAAUUGUUAUUUACAAUAUGGGUUUAGCCUCCACACCUAUGCUUCUACUAAGUGAAAUGUUCAAUGCUAGGGUCAAGGCGGUGGCUAUCUGCAGUGCAGAUAUUUUCCUAAGUGCUUUAAUCAUCGCAGUUUCAAUGUUCUUUCAGUUCACCAAAGACAAUUUCGGCAUCUAUGUUUCCUUUACGACUUUCUCGAUUUUCAGCAUUUUGGGAGGGUUAUUCGUUUUAUAUUUUGUGCCCGAAACAAAGGGUAUGACUCUGGAACAAAUUCAGGAUUAUCUUAAAGGUGCGAAGAAGGAGAACAUUGAACUUGCUUGAGUAUAAAAAAGACUGAUUUAUUGUAUAAAGGAAUUAUUUAUUUUAAGUGAGAAUGUAAAAUAAAUGUAAGUAACUG